AUGGCAAUAAUCAAAAAGAUGCUGGCUAGCAAUAGCUCCUCAGUGACUGAAUUUAUUCUUGCUGGAUUAACAGAUCGUCCAGAGCUCCAGCAGCCCCUCCUUUGCCUCUUUAUAAUGAUCUACAUUGUCACCAUGGUCGGCAACCUUGGCUUGAUCACUCUUAUUGGUCUAAAUUCUCACCUCCACACCCCCAUGUACUAUUUCCUCUUCAACCUCUCCUUCAUUGAUUUUUGUUACUCUUCUGUUUUCACUCCCAAAAUGCUCAUAAACUUUGUAUCAAAGAAGAAUGUCAUUUCCUAUGUUGGGUGCAUGACUCAGCUCUUUUUCUUUCUCUUCUUUGUCAUCUCUGAAUGCUAUAUGUUGACCUCAAUGGCCUAUGAUCGCUAUGUGGCCAUCUGUAAUCCAUUGUUGUAUAAGGUCACCAUGUCCCCUCAGGUCUGCUCUGUGCUGUCUUUUGCUGCGUAUGUGAUGGGAUUUGCUGGAGCCACUGCGCACACAGGGUGCAUGCUUAGACUAACCUUCUGUGAUGCCAACAUCAUCAACCAUUACUUGUGUGACAUACUCCCCCUCCUCCAACUUUCUUGCACCAGCACCUAUGUCAACGAGGUAGUGGUUUUUAUUGUUGUGGGUAUUAAUAUCACAGUACCCAGUCUUACCAUCCUAGUUUCUUACAUUUUCAUCUUCACUAGCAUUCUUCAUAUCAAGUCCACUCAAGGAAGAUCAAAAGCCUUCAGUACUUGUAGCUCUCACAUCAUUGCCCUUUCUCUUUUUUUUGGGUCAGCUGCAUUCAUGUAUUUUAAAUAUUCUUCUCUUGAUUCUUUGGACCAGGGAAAGAUUUUUUCUGUUUUCUAUACUAACGUGGGCCCCAUGCUGAAUCCCCUGAUUUACAGUAUAAGGAAUAAGGAUGUCAAAGUUGCACUUAGGAAAGCCCUAAUUAGAAUUCAGAUGAGAAACAUGUUCUAA